AUGCUCACAAACACAACAGCUAUUCCUGCCAAGGAGCAGUCGACCAAACGUACUGUUGGUUCUUGGGACGAUGCGCACACCAAAGCAACUGCUGCUUUAGCAAAGCUGUCGCAGGACGAGAAGAUUGGUAUCGUCACAGGUGGUAUUCGUUACAUCCAGGGCGCCACUGCCUUUUCGGCCGGUGUUCACGUUGCGAGCUCAUGGGAUGUUGACCUUGCUCGUGAGCGCGGUCUUUUCCUCGGAACCGAGGCGAAGCAACUGGGUGUCCACGUUCAACUGGGUCCUACUUCCGGCCCUCUUGGCAAAUUUGCUAAAGGCGGUCGCAACUGGGAAGGUUUCGGCCAUGACCCAUAUCUUCAGGGUAUCUUCAUGGCACAAACAGUCGAGGGCAUGCAGGAAGCUGGUGUUCAGGCCACCAUGAAGCACUGGAUUGCCAACGAGCAGGAGCUGAGCAGAGAUACUAUCAGCUCGGAUGUGCCCGAACGAGUUCUGCGUGAGCUGUAUGUCUGGCCAUUCAUCGACGCUGUCCACUCAAAUGUCGCGGCUGCCAUGUGCAGUUACAACAAGCUCAACGGCACGUGGGCUUGUGAGAGUGACUCUGUUAUGAACAAGAUGCUGAAGGAGGAACUCGGUUUCCGCGGAUACAUCAUGUCUGACUGGAACGCUCAACACACUACGACCGGCAGCGCCAACGGCGGUCUUGACAUGACCAUGCCUGGAACCGACUUCUCCGGUAACAACAUCUUGUGGGGCCCUCAACUCAAGACUGCAAUCAACAGCAGCCAGGUCCAGCAAUCCCGCCUCGACGACAUGGUCACGCGCGUCCUUUCCUCCUGGUACCUGCUCGGCCAGGACAAGGGCUACCCGAAUGCGACAUUCAACUCCUGGCAGAUUGGUCCCCAAGAAGUUGGCGGUAACCACAAGACCAAUGUUCGCGCCACCGCAAGGGAUGGAAUCGUCCUGCUCAAGAACAACAACGGCUCCCUUCCUCUCAGCAAGCCCAAGUCCGUCGCCGUCAUCGGUCUCGACUCCAUCGUCGACCCCAAGGGCCCCAACGCCUGCGUCGACCGCGGCUGCAACAACGGCACCCUCGGCAUGGGCUGGGGCAGCGCCUCCGUCGAAUACCCCUACCUAAUCGCUCCCCUUGACGCCAUCAAAGUCCAGGCCGCCAAGGACGGAACAAACGUCACCUCCUCCCCCAACGACAACGCCGCCCAAGGCGCCGCCGCCGCCAAGAACGCCGACAUCGCCAUCGUCUGCAUCAACGCCAACUCGGGCGAAGGCUACAUCACCGUCGAAGGCAACGCUGGCGACCGCAACGACCUCAACGCCUGGCACAACGGCAACGAGCUCGUCAAGGCGGUGGCCGCAGCCAACAAGCGCACCAUUGUCGUCGUCCACUCCGUCGGCCCCAUCCUGAUGGAAGAAUGGAUCGAGAACCCGUCCGUCGUCGCAGUCGUCUGGGCCGGUCUGCCCGGCCAAGAGAGCGGAAACGGGCUCGUCGACAUCCUCUACGGCGCCGCCAGCCCCAGCGGUAAACUCCCAUACACCAUCGCGAAGAAGGAGUCCGACUACGGCACGACCAUCUCCACCACUCAAACUGACAAGGACUGGGAUCUGUUCAUCGACUACAGGCGUUUCGACCAGAACAACAUCACGCCCCGCUUCGAAUUCGGCUUCGGUCUGUCGUACACUACGUUCAAGUACUCCGGCCUCAGCAUCUCAGGCUCGCCCUCCGCCGGCCCCACCACCGGCAAAAUCAUCCCCGGUGGCCCAGCUGACCUCUUCGACACCGUCGCUACCGUCACGGCCACGAUCACCAACUCCGGCAAGGUCGAGGGCGCAGAGGUCCCGCAGCUGUACCUGGGCUACCCGUCCGGCACCGGCGAGCCGCCCAAGCAACUGCGUGGAUUCAACAAGCUCAAGCUCGCGCCUGGUGCGAGCGGGACGGCGACGUUCAAGCUGCGCCGCAGGGAUUUGAGCCUGUGGGACGAGAGCAGCAGGAAGUGGACUGUACCCAAGGGCGAAUUCGGCGUGUUUGUCGGCGCUAGUUCGAGGGAUGUUAAGCUUACGGGCAAGAUUACAGUCUAA